AUGACCUGCACAGGGCAACAGCGGGUAGUUACAACGGCACAAGCCAUGUGCGCAUCGGGCCCUGGGGCCAGAGGGUCAGACAUUGUCAUAGCCGUGGGUAACAGAGUCAGUGCCAGCGUCAACACGCAGCUCCUUCUCGCAUCAAUAACACUCUCUCGACACAAGGCCGAGAGGUACAUCAGCAGAAGCAAGGCUCUUGAGCCUCAGACGUUGCGAGACCACAAAACCUUGUCGAGCUCAGGGACAGUUUUCAACAGAACUCCAAAGUAUCCGUCAAAUGAUGGGUCAACAGUCACCCCGGCAGACACGACAGAUACGGAGUCGAUAGGAAUAUCCGUAGAACAGGAUAGAAUGAGACGGGACACCGCCAACGCCAAAGCCAACCCGGCCAACAGUCUGAGUCCACCACAAUAA